GAGGAGGAGAAGGAGGAGAUGGAGGAGGAGAAGAAGGAGAAAGAGGAGGAGAAGGAGGAGGAGAAGAUGGCGGAGGAGAUGGAGGAGGAGAGGGAGGAGGAGAAGGAGGAGGAGAAGGAGAAGGAGGAGGAGAAGGAAGAGGAGAAGGACAAGGAAGCGGAAGAAGAGAGGAGGGGGAGGAGCGAGGAGGAGAUGGAGGAGGAGAAGGAGAAGGAGGAGAAGAUGGCGGAGGAGAUGGAAGAGGAGAAGGAGGAGGAGAAGAUGGCGGAGGAGAUGGAGGAGGAGAGGGAGGAGGAGAAAGAGAAGGAGGAGGAGAAGCAGGAGGAGAAGGAGGAGGAGGAGGAAGAAGAGAGGAGGGGGAGGAGCAUGGAGGAGGAGAAGGAGGAGGAGAUGGCGGAGGAGAAGGAGGAGGAGAUGGAGGAGGAGAAGGAGAAGGAGGAGAAGAUGGCGGAGGAGAUGGAAGAGGAGAAGGAGGAGGAGAAGAUGGCGGAGGAGAUGGAGGAGGAGAGGGAGGAGGAGAAAGAGAAGGAGGAGGAGAAGCAGGAGGAGAAGGAGGAGGAGGAGGAGAAGGAGGAGGAGAAGGAGGAGGAGAAGAUGGCGAAGGAGAUGGAGGAGGAGAAGGAGGAGGAGAAAGAGAAGGAGGAGGAGAAGGAGGAGGAGGAGAAGGAGGAGGAGAGAGAGGAGAAUGGGAGAAACAGGGGGCAGGGCAUGAAGGAGAAGGGCAAGAAGCUGGAGGAGGAGGAAUAGAGGGGAAGGAGGAGCAAGAGGUGGAAGAGGAGGAGGAGA